CUGGAUUUCAAAUUACCCUUCACUGUGACCAUCAUUGACAAACAAAAUAAAUAGAUUGAAAAAGAGAUGAGCUGAAUGUACAAUGAUGUUGUUCAAAGACUUUUUUUCCAUGAUUAAACGCUAAUUUUACAAGAAGGUGAUCUCAGUUUUUUAAUCUAUGGAACUGGUGUAUUGGGACAGUAAACAAUCGAUUGGAUCUAAAGUAUCAAGCCAAAAUCAGUUUAGAAAUAUUAAUCAUGGAGAUAAAAGUAAUAGAAAUUCAAAGAAUUUCAUGUCAAAGUUCAUCAAAGUGUUCCCCAUUGCGGAUAGCGUUAAAACUUAUCAAAAAGGGAACAACAAGAUGAUGUCUAUACGAAGAAAAUCUGAAUUCAAUGAAGAGCAACUUAUUCAUCAGAGGAAUAAUAAUGUAUUACCAUAUUGUCUCGAUAUUGUCAACCAACGAAUACAGAAUAAUUCUACAACUUUACGACCAAAACGUGAUGUUAUUAAAUAUGUGUUAGGUGAACCCCAGGCAAUAAAGAAUGAGGUAACAAAUAAGCUAAGAGAAAAGAUGAAGAUGAAGAAAGGGACCCUUGAAAAAUUUGACCAGUUAACUGAUAAAGAUAAGAAAAUGAAAAAACGACAUAUUACAGAAAAGAUGAAGGAUAAACGAGACAUGAAAUUACCCUUUGAAGAGACCAAACACACAAAAAUUAAUGAAAUGAUGAAAACAGUUAAGGAUAGAGACGUGGGUAGAACAAACAAACGGAAUGAAAUCGAUGACAACCAUUCAGAUGAAUUAAAACAUGAUGAAAAAAGGAAACGGAAACGUGUAAAACAAGUAAAGGAACAUAAGAAAGACAGCAGGGUUAAAGAUAAGAAGAAAUCAAGUGAACUACAAGAAAAUAAAGACCAUUUGGAAGAAGAAGAAGAAGACGAGGUACAAAAUACAAAAGAGGACAGAAAAGCAGUUCAAUUAUCAAAGUUUACUCAACCUAUGAAGGACCAAAGUAUCACUAGACACACUGUAGAUAAUGAUGAUAAGUUUAUCUAUGAUGUAGCCAAAGUCAAUCAGUCUAAAAUGUAUACAGAUGAGAACGUUUUAUCAUCUCCUCUACAAUAUUACACUACUGAAGAGGAGAUUGAAAACAAUCAGCCUAGAGAUACGAAUCCUAAAAAGAGUAUAAAGCCUUCUAAAAACAGACAGAAACUAUGGAAUACAUCUGAUGAAAAUGAUGAUAACCAUAAGGUAAUAAGUGAAAAAGAUCAAACUGUCCAUAUAAAUCCACAAGAAGUUCAUCAUAGAAUGCGAACCAAAGGUGAACUUCUAUCCAAAUCAGAGAUAAAUAAUGAUGAUGACGAUAACGAUGUCUAUCAUAGAGUACCAGUGAAUAAGGUUAGUGCUGAACAAAAACAUAAAGUUACAUUAAGCUCAAAGUAUGAUGCUACUGUUCAUGAUGAUGAUGAUGAAGAUGAUAACAGCGAUGGUGGAAAAGAAUUCCACCAUGAAACAGACAGAAAACCACCUGCUCAUAAAAGAAAAAGAGUAAUGAGGCACACUAACAGUGAUUUUAUCGAAGAGCAAGUAAAACCUGAUGAAUUUUCUCAUCCUAAAAGACGUAGACACUUGAAAAACGUGACAUCAAGAAGAUAUAGAACACCAAGUCAUGAGUCUUCUAGUGAAGAUAUCUUUUUCAACAGAAAGUAUGCAACUGGUUGCCAAGCCUACAGCAGAGAAGGCUGUAAAUGUACUUGUGAACAAUCACAUGACAGAGACAUCAGAAUUCACUGUCAUCCAGUUCAUGAUACUGAUACAGGUAGUCACUUCAUUUGUCAUCUAAAUGAAUCUUCACCACUGUACUCACAUCAUUGUAAAGAUGUUGAAGACGAGGAUAUUUUAGACGUUUUGGAACAAAUAUGUGCAGAUAGACGUAGACUACGUAGGAAGAGAUGUUGUAAUCAUUUGUCAAUCGGAAAACAAUCGAACAAAAUAAAGUCAGUCGAUCUUAAACGAUAUUUAUCUCCUAAAACUAUAAAACUAUUGAAAACAGUAGAAAAACCGUCUGUAUUUGAUAAUUUACCAAUGACUUGUCUUGAAAAUGAACUCAAACAUGCCAUAUCUUCAUGCAAUAAACUACAUUCAACGUCAGACACUGAGAAUGAAUGUUAUGAGUACAAUAAAAAACACUUAUCAAAAAGUAUUCCUAAUUAUCCAAUACAGAGAGAUACUCCCUCUAACAUACCAAAUAUUUCUCAGUCAGUUCAACAAUGUCAAACAAACACAUUUCCAAAUCCCAAUAACAUACAAACAUACUGUCCAACAGUUCUACCAGUCAUAUCUCCUUCACGUGUUUUAGUAAGGCAUAUCCCAGUACCUGUAGUAAUUCCCCAGUGUUUAUCAACAAAUCAAUUAAUUUACCCAUAUUCAAUACCGGCAACACAACUUGUUGUUCAACCUAACUACUUUAUGCCGAACACAUCUCAACGAUUUAAUUACGCAUCACCUUACAGUCAAUAUUCAUGAUACUUUCGUUUAGUAAGAUGUUAAGUAACCUAUAAUAAUAAGUUAAGCUGAAAACGUAUUAUAUUACUUUGGUUUAGAAUAAAUUGUAUAUCGUUUGUUUUGAUUUCCAUGGUGAAAAAUCCGAAAAUUCGGCAGGUGAUUGGUUAUCAAUGUCCUCUGUCUCAAGUAUUCAUAAUUCAUUGUGUGAUAUACUUUUUAGUGAUAAUAAUAAUAAUAGUACUAAUAAUACUGAC